AUGGGCCCGACAAUAUUCAUUGUCCCGGGUCUCUGGGAAGGUCCGGCUACUUACGGCCCUCUCCGGAAAGUGUUGCAUGCUCAAGGAUUGAAAACACAUGCAACUUCUCUGAAAUCUACUGGCACCAAAGCACCGCAUAACCCUUCUAUGCGUGAUGAUAUUGACAACAUCCGGGCCGCACUAAAGAAUGUUGUUGAGGAAGCCGGCGCAGACGGCGUAAUUGCGGUCAUGCAUUCGGCCGGAGGAUUCAUCGGUAGCAGCGCGUUACAGGGGUUGACGUUGCCUGCAAGAAAGGACGCCAAGAAAGUAGGCGGCGUACUCAAGAUUGUGUUUAUAGCCGCCGAUAUUGCACCUGAAGGGAGUGAUAACGGUGCAUCAUGGCUAACAAUCGUGAAGGACGAUGGCUCUGCCGUCUGUAAAGACUCCAAGAACAACCUCUUCCACGAUUUACCUGCCAAAGAUGCAGAAGAGUGGCAGAACAUAAUCCAGGUGCAACCCUCCCUGGAGCAAUGGAAAAUACCGGUGUCUUACUGUGGAUGGAGAGAUGUGCCGAGCAUCUAUGUGCUUUGCGAGCUGGACAGACUAUUGCCAGUCUCAGUGCAGGAGAUGAUGGCAGGUCUCGCAGGAAGCAAGCUAGUGCGCCUUCAAGCCGGACACAUGGCCCAAUUAAGUAUGCCUGACGCAGUUGCGAAUGUUAUACUUGAAGCGGCGGGGGCAUAA